CUUUCAGGGCGUGCCGUUGGCUUACGACAACAUCAAGGUGGUGGGUGAGCUGGGGGACAUCUACGAUGACCAAGGGUUCAUCCACCUGAACAUCGAGGCAGAUUUCGUCAUCUUCAGCCCCAGAAAAGGGAAAAAACUGGUGGGUGUAAUUAAUAAAGUGGCCCCUAGUCAUAUUGGCUGCCUGAUACAUGGAUGCUUCAAUGCUUCUAUCCCUAAACCUCAACAGAUGUCAGUUGUACAGUGGCAACAGCUGGGGUUUAAAAUCGGGGAUGAACUGAAAUUUCAGGUAUUGCACUUAGAUUCUGAUACAGCUGGGGUGUUCUUCAUUCGAGGAGAACUCACCAAAAGCAGCAUGCAGCCCAGGCAAUCUGAGACAGUGACUGACAGUACAAAUGGGGAUGAAAUUCAGAAGCUUGACCACCAGGAAAAUGGCUUGAAUGACUCUGGGGGAGAUAAUGUCACAGAGGAACCUUUAGGUGAGAUGGAUAACACUGGGAGGGAAAAUGCAGAAGAGCAAAGUGUUGAUAAUAUGAAUGGAUUAUGUGAGGAUAAAAACAAGAAGAAGAAAAAGAAAAAGCAUAAGCAAGAGCAACAGGAACAUAUUUUGCCUACCAGUGACUCCAGUGGUUACCAAAGUGACCGUAAAAAGUCAAAGAAAAAGAAAAGAAAGCACUGUGAUGAAGUGGAAGAAAGUGAACUGUCUCUGCUGUCACAAGAACCCAAAGCUAAAAAGAAAAGGGACUAA